AAAUUCCACGAUCCCAACUACAACCACUCUAACCUUCCCAUUAGUAUUUUCUAUAUAUUUACACACAACUGUUUGUUCUCUUCAUCCCCAUCUUCUUCUUUCCUCUCAGAAACCAAUGGCGAUUUCCUCAAUCUCUUUGUGUUAUCUUCUGCUCCUUCUCUUCGUAACAGGCAACGUAGGUAAUGCUACCGUGUUUACUCUCCAAAACCAGUGCAGCUACACCUUAUGGCCAGGAACUCUCUCUGGGAAUGGAGCUGCCACUCUUGGUGAUGGUGGUUUUACGUUGGCACCUGGUGCCUCAAUCCAGUUCCAGGCUCCACCCGGUUGGUCAGGCCGAUUUUGGGCCAGAACUGGGUGCGUAUUUGAUGAAUCAGGCAGUGGAAAGUGCGUAACUGGUGACUGUGGUGGCACUCUAAACUGUAUUGGUGGUGGUGCUCCUCCCGUCAGUCUUGUGGAAUUUACUAUUGGGACAAACCCUAAUGACAAGGACUUUUAUGAUGUUAGUCUCGUGGAUGGCUACAAUGUUGGCUUAGGCGUCAAGGCAUUGGGUGGCUACGGUGAUUGUCAAUAUGCGGGUUGUGUUUCGGAUCUUAAUGGGAACUGCCCCGCGGAGCUCCGAGUCGUGGAUUCUGGCUCAACAGUUGCUUGCAAGAGUGCUUGCGCAGCCUUUAACGCCCCCGAGUUUUGCUGUACUGCCGAUCAUGCCACGCCACAGACUUGCUCGCCAACGCAAUACUCGGUGAUGUUCAAAAAUGCUUGCCCGACAGCAUAUAGUUAUGCUUAUGAUGAUGCCUCAAGUACUUGUACUUGCACGGGUUCUGAUUACUUGAUCACAUUUUGUCCGAGUGGUUCUGGAUAAUUUCCUGUCAUGUUUCUUGGUAGAUGAUUAUUUUAUAAAGAAUACAAUCUUAUUUAUA